AUGAAGACGUGUAUUGUUCCACAGCCAACGCCUACCCAAGCAUGGUUCUCCGCUAUUGAACGUUUUAAGCCCCUGAAUCAAAUUUCUUCCACAAUUCCUUCCGGACUUAUGAUUGAAGAGUCUCCAUUAUCAUUUCCAUCUGAGCUGAGGAACAUUAAAUAUCUUACAAACCCUCUUCCACAUCCCCCCUCAAGACAUAUGGUAGAAAGAGCUUUUAGAGAGCUAGGCUUGGCACGUCCAAGGGGACCCUAUCGGCCAAAAGGAAAGACAAGAUACUUAGCUGCCUUUCCUAACCAAAUAUGGCACGUUGAUAUCCACUUUCUUGGCAAAAAGAGAAGUCAGAUUCUUUAUGCUGUGAUUGAUGACUGCACAAGGCUCAUCAUAGAAUGGCAGCAUCUUUCGUCAAAACAUGCUAGCCAAACAGUGAAAGUAAUUAAGAGAGCAAUAGCCCGUUAUGGACCACCACAUACAAUUUGGUCCGAUAAUGGCGGCGAGAAUAAAGGCGAGUUCCUAAAGGCUAUGAGGGUUCGGAAAAAACCAGAAUUUUCGAAAAAGUGA